CAACUUGCAGAACCUAACUGUCAUAAGUUUGAAAAUUCCGUUGUGGAUCAGUUGGAUUUGUUUAUUGUUUACGUUUUUAAAAGUGUGUUUCUUAAUAAAUCCCGAACAAUGUCGCACACAAAACAGUUAAAAAUUACGAAGAUGUUCCGGAAAGGAGCUUCGAAACUACCAGAAGACAGCAAGGAGUUACAGGAAGAAAUAGAGCAACUAGAACUGCAGUUAAAAGAGAAAAAAGAUGAAAUGUUUCAAUUACAACGCAACAGUUAUAGGCACAAAGCUUCACCGGUCAAGAAAAAGCGUGAAACUUUUACUACUAGGCCGCAGAAAAUAUGUCUAUCGAAUGCAGUAGACAGGUUGAAGGUAGACUUGGAGCUCAUGUCAGUGCUCUCAGGCAUGGAGGUGCAAUCUUACGUGUUGGAAGACCACUGCUGCAUCGUCUAUCAUAUGCAGCACCCCUCCGAGUAUGAGGUCAAACAUGGACUCAGGAUAGAGCUUAAAAAUGGUGUAAAUGAAGUGUCCAAAUCAUCUCUACCCCUGGGCUUCAAUUUGGAUGCAGUAAUGGAAGACUUUGACAAUAUCAUGUUGCCUGGCUGUCUCGGUGCCAUCAGAAAGGCUCUUGUUGCUUAUUACAAUAGACUGCAGCAGUAUGAAGCUUUAAAAAAAUUACUGAACAUAGAAGCUCAACUAUUCAAAUACCAAGAUGGAUCGCACAUAGAGAUAGCAUUUGUAGCCCAAAAUGAAAUGGAUGAAGAGGCUGAACAAUUUGACAUGGUGCUCAUGUUGGACUACCGGCUCUAUGAUAUAAGGCCCAAGCAGUUCUCUUUCAAGGAAAUAGAUCUUCCUGAGGGCGCAGCGGAGGUAUUAAGUGAACAGUGCGCGUUAUUCAAAAGGAAACCAUUGCACAAAGCUUUCAGAGAAACAUUUAUUGAUGGCGCUGGCCCGUAUAAAUUUGUUGAACAGGUGGGCAGCGGUCCGGUGCAGCAGCCGCGUCGGCGGCGCUUCCGUCCCGCGCGUCGCGACUACAACAACGACGACACGUUUCUGCCUGAAGACUGCUCGGAACAUAGCGACGAUGGAGACCUUGCGUGAUCGUGACUAUAACUGUGUUAUAUGUAAGGCCCAAUGUAUGUUUAAUUAAUAAUAAUGA